AUGUCGCCGCACACAGACGCCGCCGGCCUGACACUGCUACUCCAGGUGAAUGGCAUGCCGGGCCUGCAGAUCAGGAAGGACGGCAAGUGGUUCACCGUGAACGCUCUAGAAGGGGCGUUGAUAGUCAACGUUGGCGAUGUACUUGAGAUCCUGAGUAACGGCAGGUACAGAAGUGUCGAGCACCGGGCAGUGGUGCACCAGAACAGAGAGCGCAUCUCGGCGGCGGUGUUCCACCGGCCAUGCCAGGAUGCCGUAAUAGGCCCUUUGCCGGAGCUCCUGAACGACAACAAUAAACCACGGUACAGAGCAAUGGGCUACAUGGAAUUCAUGAAGCGCUACUAUUCAGCAAAGCUCGACGGACGGAAUCACCUGGAGAGCUUGAGAAAUGAGCUGUGA